UUUUUUUUUUAUGUAAAUGGUUUCUUUGUUUUGGGGGAGAUCAGCAUAAGAGUGUUAUAUUCGUUUUUACUCGGCAAUAACAUAACUAAGUACUUGUGAGGUUUGGUAAAUCAUUUGGAAAUGGGGCAAAACAAGCAGUUUCAUCCCCCCACCACGUUUAUCGAUGAGGGGGUCACAUCCUCAGGUGAUGGUCGGCAGGCACACGAAACCCUUGGGGACAAAAGGGCAUGUGGGUCGUUUAUUAGCAGACAAGAAGGACUUGGAGAGCGUGCGCCCAACACACACGAGCUCAAAGUGUCAGAAACAACUUGCGGGGGAAGGGAAUCCAAAAGCCUUUGCCCCUCCCGCAAUUGUUUUAACCAACUUCUUUCUUGACACAUCAAAGACAUGUGCUUUGUUUCUGGUCGAGGUUGCUGCUUGCGGCGAUCAACGAGAAAAGGGCAGUCGGCAAAUGUCAGCACAAAAGAGUUCGGACAUUACGUGAUAUGACACAUACGCACACUUUUUGGCAACUUGCCUUUUCUCCACCAUUUCAUUUCACUAUUGACAUUUUAUCGAGGACUUUAGACAGUGACCCACGCUCAACAAGCUAGACAACAAUGGCUCGCCUGCCGCUCGUCAAACUCCUACUUGGAGUUGCAUCCAUACUGUCAUACGCAAACAGCGCCAACUCCAAGCCAACGCCAGUGGUUCUGUGGCAUGGUAUGGGAGAUAGCUGCUGUAAUCCUGACAGCAUGGGCCAAGUGAAACAAACGUUGGAGGAAGAGUUGCCCGGAGUAUACGUACAUUCUAUCAUGAUUGGAAAUUCGGAUGACGACGAUCGGAAAGCAUCCUAUUUCGAUCAAGUUAAUCGGCAGGUGCAAGAAGUUUGCGAACAAUUAAAAUCACACUCUAAUCUCAAAGACGGUUUCAACGCCAUUGGAUUCUCGCAAGGUGGCCAAUUCCUGCGUGCAUACGUCGAACGCUGCAAUGAUCCACCCAUGCACAAUCUUGUAACGUUUGGAUCCCAACAUGGGGGUGUGUCGGAAUGGCCGGGUUGCAGAGAUAGGAACGAUCUCAGCUGUUCCUUGGCACGAAGCUUAUUGUUACGGGGCGCGUACCUCUCGUGGGUCCAAUCCCGUGUCGUCCAGGCGCAAUACUACAAGGACGCCAAAAACUAUGAGACAUACCUCGAGAAAAACAUUUUUCUCCCUGAUAUCAACAACGAGAGAGAAUACAAAAAUGCCACCUAUGCCACAAACCUAAAGUCUCUCAAGAAAUUUGUAAUGAUAAUGUUUGAAGAUGAUGACAUGGUUGUGCCAAAGCAGAGUGCGUGGUUCGGAUACUGGAAUGAGGAAGGCGUUGUUAUCCCGUUGAGAGAUCAACCGUUGUAUAAAGAGGACUGGCUUGGUCUGAAAGAAAUGGACAAGGCCGAAAAGUUGGUCUUUGAAACUAUACCCGGACGCCAUAUGCAAAUUGAAUUGGCGUACCUACGAGAUGAGAUUAUACCAAAGUACUUGGGAGGCAAACGUCAAUUGGUUUUCCAAGUAGAUCCUGCAUGGAAUUGAUAAGCAGCAUUGCUAAUGUUGCUACGACGAUCCCCUCGUCAUCGAAGGUAGCAUACUGGACGUAGAUGACUGAUAUCUUACUCUCUGUGCUGGCUUUGAUAAGUAAUAUUGACACAUGAUGAAAGUGA